AUGGACAACGACCAUGACAUCCAGAGGGAUGACACUCGGUUUGAGCAAUUCAACAGCAGAGCAGAGCUUCCAAGGAUGGAGCACAGGUCACCAUGGAUGAAUCCGAAGAAGCCAGGAUGCUUGGAGUGGAAGACACAUCAGGUGCUGGGCCCUGGAUUCCUGGCAUGCUAUGACCACCUGACCUGGCAGAAGGAUGGGAACAAUCAGACCCAGGACAAGGAGGUGAUAAACACCAGGCCUGCAGGGGAUGGAACCUUCCAGAAGUGGGCAGCUGUGGUGGUAUCUUCUGGGGAGGAGCAGAGAUACACAUGUCAUGUGCAACAUGAGGGGCUGCCUGAGCCCCUCAUGCUGAGAUGGGAGCCUCCUCAGCCCGCUGGCCCCACCAUCACAAUUGUUACUGGCCUGGUUCUUGGAGCUGUGCUUAUGGGAGCUGUGUGA